AUGCAAGGCGAAAAGCCGUACAAGUGCUCCUGGGAGGGCUGCCUGUGGCGGUUCGCGCGCUCCGACGAGCUGACGCGCCACUACCGGAAGCACACGGGAGCGAAGCCGUUCAAGUGCCGCGACUGCGACCGCUGCUUCUCGCGCUCCGACCACCUGGCGCUGCACCAGAAGCGCCACGCCCCCGAGGAGAAGCCGCCCCGGCCGCUGCGUCAAGCGCACGCCGGCGACGACGCCAAGCCGCGCCUGGCGCUCCGGCGCUGA